GGCAACUAGGCCUAUAAACACAACGAAAACAAAGCAAUCCAUCACUUUUAAAGAAGGAACUGGAGCGGGAGCUUGCCAACGUAGAAAUUGUAGAAAUUCUUGAAGAUGGACAAGUGCGAGAAGAUCGAAUCGGUCCUGAAGUCACUGGACGUCACGUUGGGUCAGUACAAGGAGAUAAUGAGGCUCCUGGAUGCGGAGAUGACCCGGGCACUCCACAAGGAUACCUUCAAGGAUCCCAAGAUCACGUUAGAGAUGUUUAACGCAUUUGUCUGCAGUACUCCCCGCGGAUCAGAAAAUGGUAACUUCUUAGCCCUGGACCUUGGCGGUUCCAACUUUCGCGUUCUACUCAUAUCGGUGAAGAAGAACUCCGCUCCGAGAAUAGAAAGCCGCGUGUUUCCCUGCUCACAGGAGAUCGUAACUGGGACAGGUGAACAGCUAUUUGACUACAUAGCGGGCUGCAUCUACCAGUUUGUGGAGGACCACGGCAUCAAAAAUGAGACCCUUCCCCUUGGGUUCACCUUCUCGUUCCCCACCGAGCUGCGAAGUCUCGCCAGCGCCAUCCUUGUCAACUGGAACAAGACAUUCUCAUGCGCAGAUGUGCCCGGUAAAGAUAUUGUGACAAUGCUACACGCAGCAAUUAAAAAGAGAAAGGGUCUGAACGUAGAGUGCGUUGCAGUGACCAACGAUACUACGGGAACGUUGAUAUCAUGUUCUCAGGAGCACAACGACUGUCGGAUCGGCGUCAUUGUUGGUACGGGUUGCAAUGCCUGCUACACAGAGGACCUAACGGGAGUGACGAGAUAUCAUGAACAGCUUGGAGUAUCAGAUCAGAUUUCAAAGAAACCAUUGAAUGGUCAUGAAAAUGGUAACAAGCCUUUCGUGGUCAUCAACACAGAAUAUGGUGGUUUCGGUGACAGCGGGUGUCUGAAUUUCGUCCGGACAGAGUUUGACGUCCAACUAGAUAACGAAUCACUUGUUCCUGGGCAUCAUAUACUUGAAAAGAUGGUGGGCGGGCUCUACAUGGGCGAAAUCGUGCGGCUUAUCCUGGUAAAGAUGGCCAGAGAGGGCCUGAUAUUUGGCGGUAAAGUUACUGACGACUUGGCGAUGCGUGAACGGUUCUACACCAAAUUUGUUUCAGAAAUCGAAAGUGAUAUAGUCAACACAUCGAAGAACUCAAAGGCACAGUGCGUGAAUACACGGAAUGUCCUUGAGCAGUUAGGCUAUCAGGAUGUGGCGGAGGAUGACGUAAAAAUUGUGCAAAAAGUCUGUACGCUGGUGUCGAAAAGGGCUGCAUGUAUGGUAGCUACUGGCAUAGCAAGCUUUCUGACGAGGAUGGAUCGGCCCAGUACCACAGUGGGGGUAGAUGGCUCCGUCUACAAGUGCAAUCCACUUUUCCAUGACCGCAUGGUGGAGCACAUUGAGAAGCUGACAAAUUCAAGGAACAAGUUCAAGGUGGUGUUAUCCACGGAUGGCAGUGGUAAAGGCGCCGCACUCCUUGCUGCCGCAGUCCACCGGGCAAAACAAGGGACGGCAUGACCAGCCUCUGAAGAAGUCCAAUCUGACGCUCACGAGACACUCGAGGAUCCCACUGUUCAUCAUUGUCUUGUCAAACUGUAGGAAUCUGACUUCAUUUCUCCUGGCCGGUGAUUGUCAGUUAAGCGAUAGGCCAAGAUCACCAAGUCCUAGCCGACGAUACGAGCCAUCCAGCGAGUCCCAGCCAUUGAUAAACAUGUACGCCUCUGAGUCCAAGCCGUCGAUUCAAGCCAUCCAGCGAACUUGCUCACCUGGCCUCAAUCCCUCAUCACAAAGUGAGGUGACAUACCCUUCGCCCGUACGUGCGCAUAGGUCCUUCGAUAUGUUUGAAAGAACUGACUCUGGUGUUUGGGGUGCGAAUGGUUUUCCCUCCCGUAUUCUAUUGUUCCUGUUACUAAGUAAUAUGGGUGAAGUGGUAGACUGUAGAAUCAAAUCAUGUCAAACUGCCCAGUCUUUGAACAGUACGCGCAAUUGUGGUAUAUAAUGACGGUUCUUGCUCUGACCUUUUAAACAGUUUCAGUCAUCUUCUGAGCUUGGAUACAUUGGAUUGUUAUAGCCACAAAUGACUCUGACUGAAAGUUUCAUCAACGAGCGAUUGACUGUUUUUGCUAAGAGGAAUAUUGUAGAUACUCUAAAACCUCGAAUACGAGGUCUGAGGCUCCGCCCCCAUUCCUUACAAUGGUUUUGAAUGGGGAUGGGCCAAUAAGUCAGGUAUCAUUCUUUUAUCAAUGGUAUUUGCCAAUGGAAUCGCAUGUGUUGUAAUCACGCUCUGAUCUUGGCUGACAUUGACAGUGAAACGAAAUCAACAUCACUAUUUAUAGUAUGCCCAUUUCUUUUAAUAAAAGGGACCCACCCUGCAUGUAGGACUCAGAUGGACAGUCAAAAUCAGCGUCAUUGGCUGACAGAACAAUGCGAAAACUUGACAAUCUCUCCUCCAUUGUAAUGAAUGGGGGCGAAGCCUCGGACCUUAUCCGAGGUUUUAGAAUCCCUCCUCCAUUUUAAUGAAUGGGGGCGGAGCCUCAGACCUUGUAUUCGAGGUUUUAGGGUAUUCUGAAAAUUCUACUCGUGCAUGUAACUAAAUUACACAUAACAGAGUAAAUAUACAAUUUCUAUGAAAA